AUGGGCUUACUUAAAGAAAGUAAAAUCCUCACGUGGGAAGAAACAGAAAAACACAGCUCAGAAAUGAAAAAAAAUGGAAUUGAUUAUUUUAUCAGAACAUACACGAACAACAGCACACCCAGGAUCAAGGAGUUUCUGUGGGGAGACGAACUAGAGCAGAAUCUUAUAAUAAAAAUAAAGGGAAAUUGGUUUCUUUUGUUGGGAGCGGGCAAUCUACUUAAUUUACCAAAGCCACCAGAAGCCAUUCUGCACCCAGAGUAUGCAGGAUACAUGAUAGAAAGCACGCCAAAUGCGCCGUAUGAGCCUGGUUUCAAAGAGCUGCCGUUGGUGGAAAAGAAAUUCGAAAAAAGAAGAGAAGCCGUGCAAAAAAUGCUCAGAGAGCAGUUUGGAGAAGAAGCAUCAAUCUUGUUCCUUCCAUGCUUCCCGCUGAUCGGCACUUUCCGGGCAUUUGGCACGGGAGGGCUCUCUGAGAGCAAGUGGAAAGAGAAAUGGAUGGGCAAUUUUGAAAAAGCAAAGCUCAACUAUCUUAACGAAGAGUUUAAAGAAGUAAAAUACGAGGGCACUCCGCUGGAGACGGCAUUGAAGCAAGCAUCAGAGCCUACGUUCUACACAACACAAAGCGCACACUUCCCAGACUUUGCAAUUACUUCGCACAGAAGAUUCUUUGGAUUCUCGAAAAACAUCGUGAAAAGAAAACAAGCCCCCCUCUACUAUUCUGUUCCGGUGGCAAAUAUUGAAGCCAGAGCAAAAAGCGCAAAAAAAGAAAAAAUAGCACAAAAUUCACAGACAGAGAGCAAAAAUGAUCAGAUAGCUGUGAUAGAUAGCAUGGGACAGGGCAUGGGAUGCUGCUGCCUGCAAAUCACAAUGCAAAGCGAGUCUCUUAGUGAAGCCAGGACUCUCUACGACAAUAUCGGUGCCAUAUGCCCGCUGCUUCUGUUCCUCACCAUGGGAACACCAAUUGCAGAUGGAAAGCUGAUUGAAACAUCAACCCGAUGGAAGAUCGUGGGAUCAUCAGUUGAUUGCCGAAGAGAAUCCGAGACACACAUUAGGAAAAGCAGAUAUUCAUCGAUAGAUCUAUACACAUCUGAGCUUCCUGAGCAUUUGGAGAAGAUAUAUAACGAUAUUUCACCCCCGCUGGAGGAAGACAUACUGGAAAAACUGCUGGGCGCAGGCGUGGAUAGGGCCAUGGCCAAGCACAUAUCUUCUCUGUACAUCAGAGACCCCGUGCUGUGCUAUGCAGAUGCAACAGAUGUUGAUGACUUUGAAAACAUUCAAAGCAGCAAUUGGAGAAGCAUGCGCUUGAAGCUUCCCAAGCCAUCGCCAGGGAACAGCUCUCCAUGGCUUGUUGAAGUGCGCCCCAUGGAAAUACAGCCUACGUCAUUUGAAAACACUGCAUAUUCAAUAUUUGUGAUUCUUUUCUCGAGAAUGAUGCUUUCUCUGAACGCAAAUUUCUAUCUUCCUAUCUCAAAGGUGGAUGAAAACUUCAUUUUCGCGGAUAAGCAGGGCACAAGCUUAAACAGCCUCCAGGACUACAUUAAUGCAGAGCAGGAGCAAGAAUUCUGGUACAGAGAGAACAUUUUCUCAGACGGCCUCCCAGUCGUUAAAAAAGGAACAAUAAAAGAAAUAUUCGUGGGAAGCGGAGAGUACAUAGGAAUACUUGGGGCAAUCCAGAAGUACCUUGAUGAGUAUGCAAGCGCGCACACAGAUGCAAUAUCUCCGUACCUUCAGUUUAUAAGAGAAAGAGUGACGGGAACAAAAACAAGUCUUUCCACUUUCAUCAGAAAGUUCGUGUCUAACCACCCAGCCUACGAAGGAGACUCGCUUGUCUCCCAAGAAGUAUCAAAUGAUCUGAUAGAUAGAAUUCUAAGCAUAACAGAAAUGAACUCAGCUGAAUAUUUAAAUGCCAGCGCUGAUAUAGAAGAAUAA